ACACACACACACACACACUCACACACACACAUACACACACUGGUAUAAAUAUGUAUUUUAUUGAUGUAAUUAUAUUCUCGUACAUUGACUUACAAUCAAGCAGACGUGUCUAAAAAACAAUAUAUAAUUGAAGUAGGCAGCACGCAGCGCUUGAAAAGCAAGCUUAAACAAGAACGCUUAAUUCUGCAAACCGUUGUCAAAGGCGUUUAAUAUAUUCGGAGUCAUCAGGCAAGCUUCUAUGUUUGAAGUUCUACGAAUAUUUUAUAGUAGACAUCGUAGUGGGAUUAUACACCAUCAUGUGUGAAAGUAAAUAUUUUCAACUUUCUAUAAUCUUUGUUUAAUUUAUAGGGUAUUUUUUUGGUCUUAUUACAUAUUUUAUGACCAUGUCACUAACUGAAGAACAACAGCCAACUGACCAAUAUAACAAAGCGAACGAAUUACCAACAAUAAUAAAUAAUGGAAAUGGACAGUAUAUGACUACAUCAAAUUAUUUACCAUGGAAACCAUGUAUGAAUCCAAUUAGGGAUAUAGAAAAUGGUAUUGGUAAAACAUGUCAGCUUAAUAGCAUGGAAGCUUUCAUUGUGCCUCCUACAUAUCGAUGUGUCCGAAAUCCUUUACACACUCGAAAUACGAUCUGUGAAUGGGACAGUGCUAAUCGCACUAAUUUUUAUCUUCUGGAUUCUCUUCUUGAGAAAGAUCAAGCAUCAAUCCUUGAUAACCGUAGAUCAUGUAAAGAGGCUGAUGAUAAAGCUCGUUGGGAACAGAAAGAGACCACGCUUAGUUUGGGAAAGCGUAUCUCUGAAAUAAUAUUUUGGAGGAACAAGAUUUUUGCAGAAGCUGAUAAAAUGUUGAACGAAUCAACAGCCUUAAACAACACCAAAGCUUUGCUUGACGAACUAAGAGAAUUACUUGAAGAAACGCUCAAAAUUGAUCGGGAAUGCUUGUAUCUUAGAGAUAAAAGAGAGAAAAUGGAUCUUGCUCAUGAUCCUCUUGAAAAACUGUUAGUUAGCGAAGUUGAUUUGAUACUGAAUUGGAAGGCUAAAAUUCAAGGCGAGUUGGAAAAGAUUGUCAAUCAGCAAGCAUUAAAUCGUUAUGCACAAAGCCACCUCGAAAAAGAUAUCUCAGAUAAAUUUACGGCAGAGGAACUUGAUGAAUCAGCUUAUCAGAAGCAGAAUACAUCUGAAGGGCUGUCUUGUCAUAAAGAUGUUGGAGUAACUGAUUCUUGUGUCAGCGAUCAUAAAACUUGGUUGGCUGCUACUCUUGAAACGAUUAAACAUAGUGAGAAAGAGAGAAAUGCCUCCACACUGCUCCGUCGGCACAUCGACUCUUUUAUAGACAGAUUAUGCCACGAAAUCUUAGACCACUGGAAUAAGACAAACGAAGGUUUGCGGUACAGCAUUAAAAAUAUUUUGGAUAUUCGAAACAAACUCAAAAACCGCCUUGGUCAACUUAUCGCAGAAAUGUUUCAGCUCAAUAAAAGUAUAGAGUCCUUAAGGAAAAGCAUUGCGGAUAAAAGAACCCAGUUACAUGUUGCCAAUACUAGGUUAGAGAUACGCCGUAAGCGCCCCAAUAUGGAAGCCUGUCGAGGUGCUGCACAGAGUAAUUUAUUUAAAGAAAUAGACGAAAUAAAGAAAAUAGCAGAAGAUCUCCAAACUAAGCUGUGUUAUACUGAAAGUGUUCUCGAAGAAAUGAAAUCAAUGAAAACGUUAUUAGAAGAGGAGAUCGCCUCAAAAAAUAGUGCCCUAUAUAUUGAUAGAGAAAAAUGCUUAACUCUGAGGAAAUUUUUCCCAGUUUUGAAAGUUUUAUCCAGACGAAUUUUUCUAUCGAAGUAAUCAAAUUGGAUAUGAUUAUCACAGGAUGUGUUACAUAUACUUCUUAACUUUAUAAUGAUCCUAAGAUACGUUUAAUGACAAUAUUAGACAGUUACAUGAAAUAUGUAUUAUAACGUUCUUUUUUUUUUGAAAAUAUUUCUUUCCUUCUUUUAUAAAUACAUCUAGCCACAUUAAGUGAGGCACCACCGUUAACACAGUUAUUUUCGCAUUAAUCUGAUACUUAUACAAUUCAGUCAGGUAAAUGUUUUUGGACAUCUGUUUUCAGAAACGGAGGAAUAUUUCACUUCUGAAAUAUUCUUUCUCGGACUAAAUAUUGAAAAUGACUUUAUAAAUCAGAAGUAAUCUUCUGUCAUGUCUCUUCCUGUGAAGUAAUUUUUGCUUUCAUAUGAAACUACACGAAAGCCAAUGUUUUUCGCCGAACAUUAAAUGAAGCAGCAAUGUUUUUGACUAUGACAACAUUAGUGACAUCAAUAUUUUUGAAUAAUAAGCUUGUCAACAAACGUUCUCAGUCAAACGAGUAUGUGACAUUACGCUUUCGGUGCCCACUGCUUUCUUGUGAAAUACACUUAAGAAAAAAAAUCAUGUUGUAUAUAAAGUUAACUCAGAAAACGCUUUGAUAAUUUUUGAAAAAGAUCUAUGUAAUCGCAUCGUGAGAUAAAACUUAUUUAGUAUA